GCUGCACCUCUGGCUGCUGCAUACACGCCUCCUGCACCUCCUCCUCUAGAGCCUAGCCGUCUGUUGGGUGCUUCCUUGCAGCCGUCUUCGGGCGUGAGAGGCGGUGUGAGUCCUUUUGCCGCUCCUUGGGGCAACAUGCCCAACGACGACGCUUUCAACAAGCCCUCGGCACCGUCAGAGACCCCGCACGCCCCCGGGGCACCGCCUCAGGGCAAGUCCGGGGGCUUCGGGAAAGCUUCUGGGGCGCUGAUGGGCGCUGGUGGCGGAUCAGGCGCCGGGGGCAGCGGUAGCGGCUCCGGCUCUGGGGCGUCGGGCCUGGGCGCCUCGAGCAAGAAGUCCCCGAGGCUGCCCAAGUGCGCUCGGUGCAGGAACCACGGCUACGCUUCGCCGCUCAAGGGCCACAAACGCUUCUGCAUGUGGCGGGAUUGCCAGUGCAAAAAGUGCAAUCUGAUCGCCGAGAGACAGCGCGUGAUGGCCGCGCAGGUGGCUCUGAGAAGGCAGCAGGCGCAGGAGGAGGAACUGGGUAUCAGCCACCCCAUCCCGCUGCCCAGUGCAGCUGAGCUGCUUGUCAAGAGAGAGAACAACGGUGGCAACCAAUGUCUCAUGAAUGAGAGCAGCAGCUCUUCACAGCCACCAGCAGCCAGUACACCCACAACAGCGGCCUCAGAGGGACGCAUGGUCAUCCAGGACAUUCCUGCUGUCACCAGCAGAGGGCACGUGGAGAACGCACCUGACCUGGUUUCAGACUCCACCUACUACAGCAGCUUUUACCAGCCUUCUCUGUUCCCUUACUACAACAAUCUGUACAACUAUCCGCAGUACUCCAUGGCCUUGGCUGCUGAUGCCUCUUCUGGGGAUGUGGGAGGUCCCCUCGGGGGAUCCCCUGUGAAGAACAGCCUUCGGAGCCUUCCAGCACCUUAUGUGUCUGGUCAAACAGGAAACCAGUGGCAGAUGAAAAACUCGGAGAAUCGCCAUGCAGUGAGUUCCCAGUACAGGAUGCAUUCUUACUAUGGGCCUCCCUCCUACCUGGGCCAGAGUGUGUCCCAAAUCUUCACCUUUGAGGAUGGCCCUUCCUACUCGGAAGCCAAAUCGAGUGUAUUCUCGCCGCCCAGCAGUCAAGAUUCUGGCUUGGUUUCCCUCUCCAGCAGCUCUCCUAUUAGUAAUGAGAGUACAAAGGGGGUUCUCGAAUGUGAGUCUGCCUCGGAGCCCAGCAGCUUCACGGUCACUCCGGUCAUGGAGGAGGAUGAGUGAGCGGCCGC